UUGAAAACGUCACACUUUACCACAGCUGGUUGUUAUUCUUGCCAUAACCUCAAAACUCUCCUGUUUUCUUUAGAUUCGUCGAAAGAAAAGGUUUAAUAUAUAAAAAAUGUUAGAGAUAACGUGCAAUGAUCGUCUUGGAAAAAAAGUCAGAGUUAAAUGUAAUCCAGAUGAUACUAUAGGAGAUUUGAAAAAACUAAUAGCAGCUCAAACAGGAACACACUGGGAGAAAAUUGUGUUGAAAAAGUGGUACACCAUCUUCAAGGAUCACAUAAAGUUGCAAGAUUAUGAAAUACAUGACGGGAUGAACUUAGAACUUUACUACCAAUAAUUUUAUUUAUAAAAUAACAUGUAAAGCAUUUUUAAAUGAAUAUAUCAUUCUUAAACUUUUCAUUUUUUUAUGUUUAGGUACAUAAUUAUAUGUAAAUGUUAAAAGAUUAAAUAUAAGAUAUU